UGCUCUACUACAGCCCCGGUGUAGUACGAUUCGAUCUUAGUCCUAAUGUUAGUCCUGUAUUUGUUGUCAAUGUUUACCUGAAAUGAGAUCCGUGCUUAAUUUGGACAGGAGCUCACCGGAGCAGAAUACUUACAUUUCUACUGCUUGAGAUCAUGUUCCUCUUAUAGAAUAUUAGCUCAAAAGUCAUGUGUAGCUCCUGCUCCUAAAUAUAAACAUUACCGGCACCCAAAAUAAGCAUGGGCACCUAUUUCAGUCCAAGUCAAGCACUGAAUUAGAUAAUUGAACAAGAAGAAAUAUAAUAUAUAUUUUAGGGAAUAAAGUGCCAGAACUGUCAAGAAAAUAACUCUUGUGUCUGUUUGUCUUUAUUACUACAGACCGACUCAGAUUAAGUCUGAGGCCGUUAACGUCAACAGUGAGGACAAACCCAGCCUGCCACGCUCCUUCCACACUGAGUACAAACCCAGCCUGCCACUCUCCUUCCACACUGAGUACAAACCUACAGUCACUGGGUCCUGAUUGUGACAGUGGAACCCAGUUUGCACUGCAGGAUCCAGAGAUGGCAUCAGUGAAGCUGGAAGACUGCAGUCAAACACUGGAGCUGAAUGUCAACAUUAAAGAUGAAGAAGAGGUUUCUCAUGGACUAGAAUUAACUCUGAGGCCGGUAACAUCAAUAGUGAGGACAAACCCAGCCUGCCUCUCUCCUUCCACACUGAGUCCAAACCCACAGUCACUGGGUCCUGAUUGUUACAGUGGAGCUCAGUUUGCACUGCAGGAUCCAGAGAUGGCAUCCGUGAAGCUGGAAGACUGCAGUCAAGCACUCGAGCUGAAUGUCAACAUUAAAGAUGAAGAAGAGGAGGAGAAGAUUGGGAAAUCUGUUUCUCAUGGAGAUCAUGUUGAGACAUUCUCUACAUCCAGAGAGCAACAGCAGGAAGAUCACAGACCUAAGAGGUCUCACCACUGCCCACAUUGUAAAGAGAUUUUCCCAAUUCUUUCAAAGCUAAAAAUACACCUAAAAAUUCACACAGUUGAGAAUCUGUAUUCCUGUACUGACUGUGGGAAGAAUUUCAUAACAUUAAAGGCUCUGACAGGUCAUCAGAGAGUGCACACAGGAGAGAAGCCUUACUCCUGCUCUGACUGUGGAAAGAGUUUCUCUCGACUGGGCCACUUAAAAGAACAUGAACGUAUACAUACAGGAGAGAAGCCUUACUCCUGCUCUGACUGUGGAAAGAGUUUCUCUCAACUGGGCACCUUAAAAAAACAUGAACGUUUUCACAAAGGCUCUGACUGUGGAAAGAGUUUUUCUCAACUGGGCUACUUAAAAACACAUGAAUGUGUCCAUACAGGAGUGAAGCUUUACUCCUGCUCUGACUGUGGAAAGAGUUUCUCUCAACUGGGCCACUUAAAAACACAUGAACGUAUACAUACAGGAGAGAAGCCUUACUCCUGCUCUGACUGUGUAAAACGCUUCACAACAGCAUCUCAGCUAAAAGUUCAUCAUAGAACACACACAGGAGAGAAGCCUUAUUCUUGCUCUGACUGUGGGGCGACUUUCUCUCAACUGGGCACCUUAAAAACACAUGAGCGUAUACAUACAGGAGAGAAGCCUUACUCCUGCUCUGACUGUGUAAAAUGCUUCACAACAGCAUCUCAGCUAAAAGGUCAUCAGAGAACACACACAGGAGAGAGGCCUUACUCUUGCUCUGACUGUGGAAAGGGUUUUUCUCGACUGGACUACCUGAAAACUCAUGAACAUAUACAUACAUGUACAUAGGUAGCCUAGUGGUUAGCGCAUUGGGCCAUUAACUGAAAGGUUGCUGGAUCGAAUCUCCCAGCUGUCAAGGUAAAAAUCUGUCAUUCUGCCCCAGUACAAGGCAGUUAACCCACUGUUCACCGGGCGCGGAAGACGUGGAUGUCAAUUAUCCCCCCGCACAUCUAAUUCAGAGGGGUUGUGUUAAAUUAUGGAGACACAUUUCAGUUGAAUGCGUUCAGUUGUACAAUUGAUUAGGUAUCCCCCUUCCCUAGUUAAAUACUUGAGUGAAGCUUUACUCCUGCUCUGACUGGAGCGUUUUUCUCAAAUGGGCCAUUU